GUGCUGUCGCCGGUGUCAAUUUUGCGACCGCCAUAGUUACUUUAGGACAUUUGAAUUACGGAGAUACUUUCGAUGACUAUGGUGGACGACAAAGCGACAGCAAAAGAUUUAGAAUCAUGGAUAGAGCAGUUAAUGGAAUGCAAACAGCUCAGCGAAGCUCAAGUGAAAACACUCUGUGAUAAGGCUAAAGAAAUUCUUAGCAAAGAAUCAAAUGUACAGGAUGUGAAGUGUCCAGUCACAGUUUGUGGAGAUGUGCAUGGCCAGUUUCAUGAUCUCAUGGAACUAUUUAAAAUAGGAGGAAAGUCCCCUGACACCAAUUAUCUAUUCAUGGGGGACUAUGUCGAUAGAGGAUAUUAUUCUGUUGAAACUGUAACCCUUUUAGUAACACUAAAGGUUCGUUUUCCUCAUAGAAUAACCAUUUUACGUGGAAAUCAUGAGAGUCGUCAGAUUACCCAAGUAUAUGGAUUUUAUGAUGAAUGCCUCAGGAAAUAUGGGAAUGCAAAUGUUUGGAAGUACUUCACAGAUUUAUUUGACUACCUGCCUUUGACUGCUUUAGUAGAUUCACAGAUAUUUUGCCUUCAUGGGGGUUUGUCACCUUCCAUUGACACACUGGAUCACAUUAGGGCUCUUGAUCGUAUCCAGGAAGUCCCUCAUGAGGGUCCAAUGUGUGAUUUGUUGUGGAGUGACCCAGACGAUAGGGGUGGCUGGGGUAUUUCACCACGCGGUGCUGGAUACACCUUUGGACAAGAUAUAUCAGAAACUUUUAAUCACACAAACGGCCUGACUCUUAUUGCAAGAGCUCAUCAACUUGUUAUGGAGGGUUACAACUGGUGCCAUGAUAGGAAUGUAGUUACCAUAUUUAGUGCUCCAAACUACUGCUACAGAUGUGGAAAUCAAGCUGCAAUCAUGGAACUCGAUGAUGCCCUUAAGUAUUCCUUCCUUCAGUUUGACCCGGCACCUAGACGAGGAGAGCCCCAUGUCACCCGCAGAACACCUGACUACUUCUUGUGAUGAGAAGUUAUUUUGAGACCUUGUAAAGCUUUCAUGGCAUGUUGUCCCUUUUGGGGGUUUGAUUAGAUGCUUAUUUAGGGAUGCUUCCCAGGGGAACUUAUUGCUUUGGGGGCAAUUUUUUAAGAAAUUUAUUUCAUCGUCUUUUGGAUUAUGUUUACUUGUUUUAAACACAACCUUUCCAGAUGUGAUGUCCUCGUAAUUUCUACAUGCCAUGGAGGGUUAUUCCAAUGGAGGAUUAAGUCAGCUUUGCUUCAAUGUCAUUAAAAAUGUACUUUGUAUAUUGUAUAAAAUCAAUUAUUAUGCAGCGUACAAGAACAUCAGUAUUUUUAAGAGGUCGUGAUGCUUGAAUACAAUCCAGGAAAACUGGCUCCAAUGCACAAAUUCAAGGCUUGCUAGUAAACAUUCUGGAAAAAAAAUCUUGUUUUUCUGUGAAAGUUUUAUCUCAUAGUUCAAAAACUUUUAAGAAGUACCACACAAAGGAACCAGAGUACUCAAGCCAAACAAUGAAAGAUAACGGUUUUUGAUUUUUUAUUUAUAUUUCUGAGGGAGUUUACCAGUGAGCCUUGGCAUGAUGCACUCAGCCUAUUUUUGUGGUUAUCUUACCACAAUGAAUAUGGACCAUGGAAUUUUACUACAUCACCAAAUUCAUUUUACUAAUCAUUUAACAUUUAUUGCUUUUCUGCAUUCAAAUAUGCACGGCCAGAAGAGGAGUGUGCAAAAUGCUGUCCUCAGGACCGCAGCUUAGAUAGGAAUGCAGAUGUGAAAUGUCACCUUCCCUCUUCCUUUUGAAGGACAAGUGGCAUGAGUAUUAACAAACUGUUGAUCCUAAGAUUAAGUCCAGAUGGCUCAUGUGAGACUGAUUCUUACAAAAAAUCAAAGUAAAGGCUUGAUUAUUCUUCACGGUCUGAGUUUUGUUAACUUGUGAUGAGUCUAAUUUUAGCAGCAAUGUUUUCUGGUGGUCGCUGGGUUUGUUUUCAGCAAUGACUAAUCAAGGUUUCUUGUAGUCAUACUCAUCACUAGAUAACACUUCACUUCUGCAGUAUAAAAGGAUGGUUAUCUAAGUAAUUUAACCAAUGAAUGUAACUUUACACUGUCAAUAGUUAAAGAAUUAGUAAAUUAACGUCUCCUUAGUAGUGUAAUUUUAUUUUAGCCAAGGCUAUUAAAAGAUGGCAAUUGAUAAUUGCUUUUUUCAACCUA